CUUAGCACAAUUACUGCUAACUUUUCUAAAUUGUCCAGAUUGUCUCCUCUGGAUGUUAGAAGCGUGCAUGGGUCAUGGUUACUAUACUUAUCCCGGUUCCCUCACUAUUCCCCCGUAUAACGAAUGUGUCAUUUGGAUGAUUUCGUCAACUGUAACGAAAAUAUCGUUUCGUCAGGUACUUCCAACUCGAAUAUUCUCAAACAACGUAUUACCCACACGAUCUCCCAGGACCGUGGAGAUUACUUUUCGUUUUCGUAACAGAUAGAUGCAUUUCGAAGUCUCUACGACGCCAGAUUGGAGCAUAUAUUAGAAAAUCACAGACAGCAGCAGCCUCUUCGUAGAAGAAGAAUAUUGUUCGCCACGGACAAAGCACGUACAUCGAAACAAUGUCAGGAUACACAGGUUUAAUCGGCUUACCGACCACGGGACAAUCUCCGAUCAAUUUAGACGAUAGGUUAGUACGAAUGCGCAGAUAUCCUCCUCUUGUUAUGAAUGGACACUGGUUACAAGAUGGAGAAGCCCGUUUGCUGAAUACUGGCCACACUGUGAAAAUAUUUCUAACCGGAGAUCGAAUUCCAUCCACGAUCAGCGGCGGGCCUCUCGCCAACGACGUGUACGAAAUGGCCGAGGUACAUUUCCAUUGGGGCGAGGAUAACUGCCGUGGCGCCGAACACACGAUCAAUGGCACCUGGUACUCGAUGGAGAGUCACGCGGUGCACUGGAACAGGAAAUACGUGACUUUCGAGGAAUGCCAGAGGCACAAAGACGGCAUAUGCAUUUUGGCGUAUUUGUUCUUAGUACAGCCGACCUGCUGCGGUUGUAUCAACCCGCAGAUGGAAAGAAUCACGGAGAACCUGAAGUACGUUGUCGAUGCUGAUACGGAGACGAAGAUACCACCCAACUCCCUAGCGUUUAUGCGCUGUGCAACCUAUUGCAGCAGGUACUACACAUAUUCAGGGUCGUUCAACAUCGGCGAUAAUCCCGAGUGUGCCACUUGGAUUGUAUUUCCUGUUGUUACCCCUAUACGACCCGACGAAAUCGACUUAUUCCGAAGACUGAGGGACAAGGAUGGACAGUGUAUAAAGGCGAACUGGCGGGAAACGCAACAACUGAAGUGUAGGAAAAUAUUUUUAGCGAUAUCUUAACGUAACGUCGUCUGACACAAAUUUUCAAGUCAUCGUAUCUGUCAAUCAGCAUAAGAAAUUGCUAAAUAAAAAAUAGAAAACGCCGAGGAAAUAAUAUUAAAUAAAACUCUGUUGCUGUUUUUAGUUAUGUACAGUUAUAUACACAGGUAUACCC